AUGCCGAGUAUGGAGACCUCGUCACUUUGUGACGCUUUGGAUGCCUGCACGGUGUCAGAAGCCUUGCAAAGCUGGCGAAGGAGCCUUCUUCUCCGAGUUGGCGGUUUUGAUGCAGCCAUUGAUUCCGUUUUGCAGCUGGCCAGCUGUAUUCUCCAUGGCGAGGCAACAGCGCAUGCUCUUCUUCUACAGGGGCCACCGGGAUCUGGAAAGACGUAUUUGGCCACUGUCUUUGCCGAGUCUGUGAGCGUGAAGCCAGGCCUCGCAUGGGCUUGCCCCUGCAUGUUGCACGGACAAGCUAACAGAGAAGGCCUGGAACUCUUUCGAACGAACUUGUCUAUGUCUACGGCACGAGCUCGACAACGUGCACAAGGCAUGCUGAUACAACCAACACUGGAGGUCUUGCUGCUGGAAGGUGCGGAAGCUCUUGUGGAGAAAAACAGCGACGAGAGCGCAGAGGAGGCUCAGCUGUGUCUGAGGGAGGUUUUUCUCGAGUUGCUGCGUCAAGAAAUGCAGAUGUGGUACCGCGAGCGGCUUCCCAUCCUCUUGCUGGUGCCGUGGCCAUUGGAGAGUGCCGCGAGCGUGGAUUUUGGUCCGAUUGGGUCCGUGGUUUUGCCAGUGCCGCUAGGCUGGAAACAGCGCGAGGCCGUCCUCCAGGUCUGUUUACAGAAUGUGGAACUGGAGGAGAACAUGGCGGAAUGGAUGCCCUGGCUGGUGGAGAUCACUGCUGGCUUCCUGCCAUCAGACUUGGUGGGACUCUGUCGUGCAGCCACUUUGGCGGCCGCUGCUGAAGGUGAAGGCACCAGGGCAAAGUUGAGGAAAACUCACUUCCAGUCAGCUCGAGCUCUCGUGGAUCCUGCUGCCAUUCGCGGAACUUGUGCCAGGAAACCACAAUUGCUGAACCUCUUGAAGACUUCUUCCCCAGGCUUGGAUGCGGUUAUCGGUCAGGAUGCAGCAGUCCUUCUUCUGCGAUCCAUGGUAGUUCAGCCAUUCAAGUGUAUGCAGAAUGAGGAAACAUGCAACACCGAACCACCGAUUGGAAUUCUGCUGAGUGGGCGCCCUGGUAGUGGCAAGACGUUUCUUGCUGCACAGCUGGCAGCCGAACUGUCGACCCACCUUUUCAAUGCCUCUCCAGCUGAUCUGUUGGCAUCACGUGUUGGUGAUGCUGAGAAGCUCCUUGCAUCCCUCUUCAGAUCAGCCAGAGGCUGCGCACCUAGUGUCAUUGUGCUGGAGGACCUCGAAAACCUAGCAGCUGGAGAAGGAGAAGUGGAAUCGGCGCCCGAGACUUGCAUCUCUUACGUUCUCCGAAAGGAGCUCGACACAAUCAAGGCCAGGCGACAAGAGCACCGAGAACUCCGAGCUGGAAUCUCUUCUAGCCCAAGGGCCUCCGAGGCUUUGAUUCUCGUCGUGGGAACUUCGACGAAGGUCCCACAUCAGCUGCCGAGCUGGCUUCUUGCGCCUUACCGCUUCUCAACUUGUCUUCAACUCACAUUCAAGCUCACAGAGAAGGACGUUCUUGCCCUGAUGCAACGGCAUCUGGGGAAUCAAGCCACAAUAUUGCAGCCUGAUGAGGAUCUGCUGGAAUCUCUCUGCAAGGUGACCUAUGCCGACGUGGUGGCUGCUUGUCGAGCUGCUUCUGUUACGGCACUUCGAAGGGUCAUCCACACAGAGCAUCCGUCACCUAGUGGCAGGGUGGAGCUGACGUCUCAGUGGAUGGCAACGGUCCGAUGUGCGGCCUUUAAGGCGCCGCUGGGCUCAUGGGAGCCAAGCUCUGCUGAUCUGGACGUCGCGCUCUACUCUGGCCUUGGCACGGCAGAUUCUGUGAAUGGCACGACAGACGUGGAGGGCAUUCAGGUCUCUGAGUUUGCCGGUGAAGAGUUCGAGGUUCGAUGCAAAGUGGUUGGUGGUUCGGAGAUCUUCGGCAAAGGAUGGGAUGCUAUACUGAUCGACCCGCGGAUCCAGAUCUGCCAGAAGACCGGGGCAGCCAAGUUCAGGAUUGCACCUGAUGUCUGCUGGUUCACUAACAGGAAGGGAACCAUGGCGCACAGCACCCAGAAUCGUCGUUCAGUUCUCGACUUGCAGGAUCUUCAACAUCGCUUUCUCCGAGAGCAGUCAGCGGUCACAUCGGCAUUUGUGGAGAACGUGAAAGCUCUAGGGGAGGAGGUGGCAGCACUGAGGACAAAGGCUGCAAUGUCCAUCGACGUGGCAUCGCGGUCCGAGGCAAUGGUCAAGGAGCUGUGGGAAAGGUUUCCCGAGGCCGGUCACGAAGUGCAGAUUCUCAACUCGAAGUUCGAAGCACUCCAGGCACGCAUGAAUGUGUCUUUCUCGAGUGACAAGACUGGGAGACUGGAGGAGGUCAAGAAAGCCUUGGAAGGGCAACAUGCCGCGCAUGAGUCCAAGCAGAACUCCAUGGCAUCUCGUUUGGAUGCUCUGGAGUGCAAAGUUGCAGGGUUCAUAGACGCUCACGACAAGCAAAAGCAGAUGCUAGAACUACAGAACACGUCACAUACUGAGAUGGCCAGUCAGUUUAGGGCUCAGGCUGCGCACCAUGCUGCCCUUGCUCAGCGUAUGACCAAUGCUGAAGGUUUGAUGGCAGAAGCUGGCCGUAAAAAUUCUCAAGAGAUCGUGGCCCUCCAAAAUCUUCUCGAGCAGCUGCAAGCGAGUAGGUCCCCAGCGCAGCUCUCCAUUGAGGAGCUACGGCAGUCCUUGGCCAGCGCUGAGGCACAAGCAACGCAAGCAGCACAACAGGCCGCGCAACUUGCGCAGCAGCAGGGCGCUUGGAAUUUGCGCUUGAAGACGUUGGAGGAUCGGAACAAAGAUGGCGGCGGCUUCGUCAACUCGAUGCAGGAGCUACAGGCGACUAUUCAGGGACUGCGCGAAGAGCGCGAUGCGAACUUCCGGUCUGCCGAGCAGCGCUUUGCACACCUGGAGCAGUCCAUGGCCUCCCUGGCAUCCGAGCAAUCCUUUCAACUUCAGAAGUUCCAGCGGAGCUUCCAGGAGAUGCAACAACAAGUUGCCAGCGAGCUGAACUCGCGCAUGGCUCAUCACACCGCUAUCGACGGGCGUCUGGGCCGAGUGGAGAGCAGCAUACGACAUUCCCCUGAUGCACAGACUGGACAACAACUGGAAGCGGAGCUUGCGAUCCAGCUUCGAGAUGGUAAAGUCCAGUUGGAUGAGCUGCAAAAGGUCACGGCUGAGCUGCGCGCCAGGCACGAAGCCCUGAAAGAGCUGUCAGAGGCAGACAAGGCGGCCAAAAACUCGGUGGAUGCACGGCUGUAUCGAUUGGAGAAGGCAUUUUCCUCCCAGGCGCAAGAGCUGCAAGGGUUCCUAUGCAAAGCCCAGGAGCUGAAAGGUCAGGACCGAGGCAAAGAGGCCAAAGGGCACAGGCCCGACCUGCGGCUGCCAACGGAUUUCUCGGCCACGCGAGAGGGCCAGGGCCAGGGGCGGAAUCCAUCCAAGGAUUUGAAAGGUGAUCCGCUGGCAUCGACCGUUGGCAAAGAAACUAAUACUGAUUGGAUGGACAUAUCGCCGGAACAUCGCAGCUUCUUCCAGAAUGUGACCGCCGUCAUCAUGCAGGAUGGCUUUGGAUUCGGCGCCCUCGGUCUCUUUGCCUCCGCUUGCACCUCACUCGGGAAUGGCAAGGCCGAUGCCUGCUUCGGCUUUCGUUACUUCGGCCUCCAGUUGCGUGGAAAGUGCGGCUGUGGAGCUGACUACGGCCAAUACGGUGAGCAGAAGCCGAACAUCACUGCUGGAAUUCCAGGCUGUGACUGCAAUGGCCCAUACUUCGCCUAUCAUGCGAAUUGCAUAUGGGAGCAGACGAGCGGUCGAUUCGGGGACGAGACGAUGUUGCCUUUGCAGACACAGUCCGUGACCACGACAUCCGCUGAAAUGUUGGCAGCAGUGGACAAGAACACCAGAAUUCGCUGUAAUGUCACCGCAGUUGGCAUCAGCACACCUCCCCGAACAUCUGCUAUUUGUAGCAGUCGGGGCUGCACUUUGUCCAUGACGAAUUUGGCUCCAUCGACAACAUACACGGUGUCAUGUGAAGCUGAAGCAGAUGUCCAACACAGAAGCAAGCGCUUGGCUAUGCUCCUCGUCAGAACUCUCGAUCCGUAUGUUCCUCCCGCGACGCCAGCACCGACUCGACCCCCGCUGGAUCUCACUGAGCCAGAGUAUGCUCUAGAGAGCACGGCAGCUCCAAUCCUUCCAUCUCCGCAUGGUGACCCUCCUUGGACAUGGUUGCCAUUCGUUGCAGGUGCAGCAGCCUGCCUUUCGCUUUUCCCUUCGCUUCAGUGUUGCACCAGUGGCAAGCGAUCGGCUGUGCUUGCAUCGCUCGAGCUGCCGCAUACCUUCUGGCUGGUUUGGGAGCUUGUCUUAGUAGCAGAUGCUACAGUUGGUGUCGUUUUCCUGUUGGACCUGCUGAACAGUCGCUAUGAGCGGGAAGCGCCAUAUUGGGACGAGCUUAGCCUCUUUCAGGCUGCCGUUUUGACAUAUCAAGCAGCUAUCCACUUCCUGGCAUUUCUCUUUUUCGGAUUCUUUCCGUCGGCUAUGCGCUGCCUCGCUCAUGAGCUUGGUCGAGAUCGCCCAGGACACAACUGGACACUCCUUCGACAUAAGGGAAGGCAGCACCGCACUGGUGUCAAGAGCCACAAGUCGUCAUUGCCACCAGAAUUGGAUGCGCAGCAAAACCCCUCAGCCCUGCACUAUCUUCCAGCAGCAUCGCUCUUAGCAGUCUGCCAAGCAAGCGAUCAUGACAUGCAGCUGGUUGUGCCACGAAAGUUUGGAAUCAACAGCAUCCAUUUGUUUGCCAGUGCAGUGCAAGCAGCCUGUGCGGCAUUUUACACAUCUCACUCCUGGCCAAUGCAAGCCUCCUUAGGAGCAAGCAUUGCCUGCAUGUGUACGUUUGUUGUGAUGGGCAUCUUUGCAUCCUUGGCCAUGUUGCGUGUGCAUCAGGUUAACAAAGAGGGUCUUGUACAGCUAGAUGCCAGGCUGGAAGCACAGGCAAUCCAGUCCCCCGGGCUACGCUCUGCGUCUGCUGCGGGAUCUGCGCCGCCGCCACCCAGAGUGGGCCUACAGGGGCCCCCUUCCCGAGGUGCUCGGCCUCUGGGCAAAGCCCAGGGCAUUGGCAGAACUUGA